AUGUCAACCAAAACAAAAAGUGAACCAAACGAAUCUCAGCCAACGAAAACAACAGAGAUUACACCAACAAAUACAACUACUACAGCAACAACUAAAGCAAGUAGAUUAAAAGCAUCAAAAGCAGCUGCUGCCGCCGCCGCAGCAGCAGCAGCAGCGGCAGCAUCAUUGGUAUCUUCACCAACAAAUACAACAAGUACACCAACUCCAACACCAACACCAUCACCAACACCAUCACCAUCACUAACACCAACACCAUCACCAUCACCAACUCUACCUAUUAACAACAACAACAACAACAACAAUAUCAAUACACUUAAUAAACCACAUAUACCCUAUUCAAAUAAUUUUAAUAGUUAUCAUAAUGGUAAUACGGCAUAUAAUAAUCCAAGUUUAAAUAGUAAUACUACUAGUUUCCCACCACACCCUAAUUACCCCUCACCAUAUUAUUACCCUAAUCACCCACCACAUCCUACUUAUCACCAUCCUGCGACAUCAUCAACAUCAACAUCAAACCUAAGUCAUAGUAAUUCAUAUAACAUAAAUCCACCAACGAAAAGACCAUAUGAUAGUAUAAAUUAUACAUAUUCCAGUAACACAGCCAAUAGUGCGUAUGGACAUCACCCGCCACCACCACCACCAUCAUCUUCUUCUUCAUCUUCAUCAUCUUCUUCAUCUUCAUCCUCAUCAUCAUCUUCUUCAAUGAUUAGCGACCCAAUAAAUGAUCAUGAAAAAAAGAAAAUAAAAAAAAUGAAAUCGGGACCAUUGUUAAUAGCAGAAGAGGAUUUUAUAGCAAAUGCGUUUAGGAAUGUUCCAGAUAAAGCAUUAACACCAGAAUUGAGAAGAAUAAAGAGGAAAUUUAUAGUUAGGAAGCAACAAAGAUUUUGUGCCAUUGAUAAUUUUAAUAUCGAUGAUAAAGUUUAUCAAGGUUUUAGUAAAAUAAAGAAAAAAGAACAAAAAUUAAAUUUAUACUAUGAAAGAGAAGAAAUACCAAGUUUUCAACCUAAAACUUUACAACAACAAUUAUCAGUAUUACCAAGUUCUACAACUAGUGCAGUUGCAGCUACAAUAUCAAAUAUUAAUAAUACUUUAAAUACCACUACUACCAACAACAACAACAACAACAACAACAACAACAACAACAACAACAACAACAACAACAACAACAACAACAACAACAACAACAACAACAACAACAACAACAAUAACAACACUACUACUACAACAACUACAACCACUACUACACCACCACCUAUUGUAAAUAACACAAACACAAAUGCAAAUAUAAAUAAUAAUAAUAAUAAUAAUAUAUCAUCAGGAGGAGGAGGAGGGAGGCAAACAGCCCCGAUCAACUCAACCAAUCAAAUAGUUAAUACGGUAACAUGUACAGUUAAACCACCAAUUAUUCCAACCACAAAAACUAUUGAUCCACCAAGUUUAAUGUCACCAUUAAUUGCUGCAACAUUAGAGCAAGAACGAUUAGAUGCAGAAAAUUUAGAAAAAGAAAGAAAAAAAAAAGAAAAAUUUGAAAAAGAGAGAUUAGAAAAAGAGAAAUUAGAAAAAGAAAGAUUAGAAAAAGAGAAAUUAGAAAAAGAAAAGGAAAGAUUAUUAUUAUUAGAGAAAGAAAAAGAAAAAGAAAAAGAACGUUUAGAAAAAGAGAGACAAAGACAAGAAAGAAGAGAAAGAAAAGAAAAAGAACGUUUAGAAAAAGAGAUAUUAGAAAGGCAACAACAAUUAGAAAAUGAAAGAUUAGAAAGAGAGAGGCAACAACAACAACAACAACAAAUAGAAAAUGAACGUUUAGAGAAAUUAGAAAAUCAAAGAUUAGAGAAUGAACGUUUAGAGAAAUUAGAAAAGGAAAGAUUAGAAAGAGAACGUUUAGAAAAGGAAAGAAUUGAAAAAGAGAGACAAGAACGUCUAGAAAAGGAGAGAUUACAUAGAGAAUCUAAAGAAAAAGAGAGAAGGGAAAAAAUUAAACAAGAGAAAAUUAGAACUGAGAAAAUUAAACAAGAGAAAUUAAAACAAGAGAAUGAAAUACUAGAGAAAUUAAAAUCUGAACCAAAUCAACAAACUGCAUUAUAUAAAUAUUAUCAUUGGGUAAAAUCAUCAUCAUCAUCAAAUAAUAAUAGUAAUAAUAGUAAUCAAAAUAAUAAUAAUAAUAAUAAACCAAAAAGACCAUUUCAACCAUUAAAAGAAUUAUUAUAUGGAAGAAGGCAGUUGUUAGAUCCUUAUGUUAGUCCUCAUACUACUAGAGAGUUAAAACCAUUCAUUCGUAGGGAUUAUGAAUCGUGUCCUCCGAAAUUACAACAAUUACGUGAACUUUAUCAAUUCUUUAAAAUCAAUGGUUUAAUGCCACCAAAGACUUCACCAACAAUUGUAUCAAUUUAUGAAUCAUCUUCUUCAACUUCCUCUUCACAAGAAAUUUAUCCAAUUGAUUAUAAAUAUUUAACACCAGAAUUAGCUGAUAGAACAAAUCAAUUCCUUUGUGAUCAUUUUUGGCCUGGUAUAAAUGUUGAUGAUAUUUUAGAAUAUCCAGAUUUUACAGUGGUGGCACUUUAUAGGUCAAUGAUUAUUGGGUGUGGAUUGAUGAAUCCUGAUGGUUAUAUUAUGUUUAUUUCGGUUCAUCCAGAAUGGCAAGCAUGUGGUAUUGCAUCAUUUAUGUUGUAUCAUUUAACACAAACUAUGAUUGGUAAAGAUAUUACCCUUCAUGCUUCCGUUAAUAAUAGUGCUUUAAUUUUGUAUCAAAAAUUUGGUUUCAAACCUGAAGAAUUUAUAAAUAAUUUUUACGAUAAAUAUUACAGUGAUGAUAGUGGUAAAUCAAAAAAUGCGUAUCUCCUUAGAUUAAGAAGAUAA